UACUCAAGUGUUUCUGUAAUAUUAGGUUAGCUAACUUUAGCUAAUUUAACUGCACGAAAAUGGAGGCUUGUUGCCGCAAGAACAGGAGUAUGUUAACAGUCUCCAGCCUGAUUGGUGUUGCCCUGGGCAUUGCUUUGGGCAUGACUCUGAAGAAGUUCGUCAUUCUGUCCAACUUAGAGAAAUUGUACAUCGGCUUUCCCGGAGAAAUACUCCUGCGGAUGCUUCAGCUGGUUACCAUUCCUCUGAUUGUGUUAAGUGUGAUAACUGGAGUUUGUGGUAUGAGUACUGGUACCUCCAGAAAAAUCUCCAUACGUGCAGCGGUAUACUUUGUCUCCACCACUGUUCUGUCUGUUACUAUAGGAUUAAUCUUAGUAAUGCUGAUCAAGCCUGGGGCCGGUGAUAAUACUCGUAAAUAUGUGACAAAAGAUGACGACGAUGAAGCCUUCUCCACAGUCGAUGCCUUGUUGGAUCUAAUAAGGAAUAUGGUGCCACAAAAUCUGGUUCAGGCUAGCUUUCAACAGUACAAGACUCUGCUGGUGGAGAUUGAAAUUGAAGAAGACGAUGAACAUUCUCCCAUGGAAGCAAAAAGCACAGAAGUGCGUCUGGCGGGUAAACAUAUUGAUGGACUCAACACUGUGGGCUUGAUUGUGUGGUCCAUCAUUUUUGGACUAGCCCUCAGGAAGACUGGAGAAAAAGGGAAACGCUUUGUGGACAUUAUUACGUCUUUGCAUGAGGCCACAAGACACGUGGUCAGAAUGACAAUAGGCUUCUUGCCACUGGGAGUGUUGUUCAUGACUGCAAGCUACAUUCUUGAGGUUGGGGACAACUGGGAGACUUUCUUCCAACUUGGAAAAUUCAUGGCAGUGGUUGUUAGUGGGCUUAUCAUUCAUGGAGCAGUAGCCCUACCACUGAUCUACCUUCUGUGUGUGAGACGAAACCCUUUUCCUGUCAUUAAGGGGGUUUCUCCUGCCAUGAUGAAGGCCAUGCUUAUCUCACGCAGCUCUGCGUCCUCUAUGACUUUCCGAUGCUGUGAGGAAGUGAACAAGAUUGACAAAAGAAUCACACGCUUCAUGCUGCCGGUUGGGAUCAAUGUCAACAUGGACGGAACAGCCCUUUAUGAAAUGGCAGCGGCAGUUUUUAUCGCCCAAAUCAACAACAUGAAUUUGAACUGGAGCCAGUUAAUUGCACUUGGUGCCACAGUAGCAGUGUCCAGUAUAGGAGAAGCAGGGAUCCCAGCUACUGGAGCAAUAACCACUCUCUUCAUUUUGACCGUUGUUGGGAUUCCUGCAAAGGACGCGUCCCUUUUGUUGGUUAUAGAAUGGCUGCUAGAUCGCUGCAACACUGCCGUCAACGUCCUGGGGGACUGCAUGGGCGUGGCGAUUGUUGAGCAUCUGUCAAAAAAGGAACUAGAAGAAAUCGACAAGCGAGGACAGGACACAACAAGAUAUGGUUCAAUACCUGAGAGUGAUAAUGAGGACUUCCAGGCCCAUAGAAGCACCGCAGACCGCCGAAAGUCAGCUCCUCUAAGGAAGCAGCGGACGACCAGGCAUGUGUAGCCUCAGCUCAGCAAAAACAGGAUCUGAACAGGGCUGACUUUUAAAGGGAUCUCCUGAGUGCCAAAAAUGUUAUAUUCAGUUUAUUUGCUAUUACGUUUAUCAUACUGUCUUUUGAUUUUGUCAGUGCACUUUGAAAUAAGCCCAUUGGCAAUUAUUUGUUCAUUUGAUUUAUUUUCUUUUUAUAUCCUAUUUCAUAGUUUAUGUUGAUGUAAUUCUAGUGAGUUCAGUACAGUAAGGCACCUCAGAAAGUAAUUCACUCCAAGGCAGAAGCUAAAGAAUGCUUAGCCUCAUUUCAGCGUAAACAUGGCUGACUUUGAGAAUUCCCGAGUGUCACAUAAUGUACUCUUUUUCUAUCAUUUUGUUAUUAUUGCAUAUUUUAGAAAUGUUCUCUUGUACUGUUGACUUUGAUUUGUUAUUUGGUUUAUUUGGAAUCAAAUGUAUCUCAUUAAGUAUUUUAUUUCAUACAUUAGUAGCAUAAACGGCUGACUUUUUAAAAAUGUCUUGAGUGUCAGACGUAUCUCUCGAGGCUAAAAUACACUGGGGCUGAACAGCCAGCAUCAAAACAUCUGCCCCUAUUAUUUUCUAUUUUCCUAUUAUUAUGUGUAACCCCCUCACUGGCAGCCCGCGUUGCUUUGAUAAACUAUAAUGAAAUUACCUGGAGAUUGGCUCUUAAGGGAAGUUUAAACAGGGGUGUCCACACAUGAUUUUAAGCUAAUGUCUUAUAGUAGAUACUUUAUAUCGUGCAAUCUAUUAUAGUAUGAAAAAAGUAAACAGUUGGCCUUCACAGUAGGAAAGAGUCAGGUUACAUCCCGCUAAAUGAGAAGACUCUGCCCCCUGCUGUUGUAAAUGUGUACCAGCAGUAAUAAUAGUAAAGGAGUAUUUGUCAUCAUCGCAAACCUGCUGUUACCACAAGCCUGCUGACCAGCUCCUGGAGACUGCAGUGCCGGGAUGUUAUAGCCUUUAUACCUACGUCAUUUAUUUACUGUCACGUUUUGAUUUUGUUAUUGUACUUCUAAAUAUACCUAUUGGGAAAUAAUUGUUGAUUUUUUGAUUGACUUUAAACUAUUUGUUAAUUAGAUUUUUUGGAAUCAAACGUAAGUUAUUUUGUGUUUUGUUUGUGCCUCAGCAGCAUGAAGAUGUCAAGUGCCAAAACUUACUAUCUUUAACUAUCUCUUUGAUUUGUUAUAAUUUGUUGUCACAUAUUUGCACUUUGAUUUUGAAACUGUUCCUUUAAAUAAUCCCAUUGGUAUUGCUUUUUUAGUUAGAUUUAUUUGGAAUAAAACCCCAUUUAAUAUUUUUGUAGACAUAGUCGUAGUAGCUGAAGUACAAUAUAUUUUUUAAUGACUCUUAAUAUAGGCUAAUGAUAAUAAAUGCAAUAGGUAUGUGAAACCAGUCGACUGUGUUUACAUAGGUUAGCAGUAAGUGUGAUGUGAAUUCUUUCAUUCUUUGCUUUUAACAUUUUUGAAGCUGACAA